AUGGCGUUCCGCGCGCUCCUCUCGCAACCGCGCGCGGCGAAUCCUUGCGCAGCAGACGCCUCGCGCGUCGCCUCAGCCGCGGCCAGCGGCGCCGGCAGCAACGCGCUGACCUCCUUCCUUUCGUCAGUGUCAACCGACCCGCUGCGGACGCGGCAGCUGCUCGAGGGGUACGAUGUCGCAAGUGCGCUGGCUGGGCCGCCACCUGCGCUGCCGGAGGCUCUUCUCGCCUCUUCGCUGCUCGCCUCGGAGACCCUGGGGCCCGCGGACUCUCCCUUUCCCGGCGACGCCCUCGACGCAGCGUGGAAACAGGCGCAGCAGACGCAGGCGUGCGGGCUCGAGGGCGCCGACGCGCAUGCAGGCGACGCGCCGGCGCUAGGGCGCCCUCCCGACGGCCUUGAGAGCUUCCACGGCCUCGCGGGCCCAGAGACGCUUUCGAUUCAUGCGCCGCCCAGUGGAGAGCUCCAUCAGUUCGGUCACGCGGCUCCGCGCACAGGCCUGCCCUUUGCGGCGCCUUUACAGUCAGAAGAAGUUCCGCGAUACUCCCUUCCGCCUCAUCUCUCGACCCAAGAUUUCGCAUCUGCGGGCUGUGUUCCUGGCGCCUCGCUCUUGCAGCGGCCCGGCGGUUUCUCCUCCACUGUCCCCCCACAGUCCGCGGAGCUGUCUCCGUUUCAUGUGGGGCCCCCCAGCGCACCGGCACAUGGAGACCUGGGCAGCGAGGGGGAGGCUGCCGCCGCGGGCUGGCUAGACGAAUUCCGCGCCUUCGCACACCGCGAAGCCUCCAGUGCUCUCGAGUUCUCUUCUCAGAAGAAGCGCGACCCAGAGGCGCUGCGACUCCUGGCGUCCGCCAGCAGCCCAGAGGGCCCGCUGGGCGAGACGCAGGCGGACCAGACUCGCCCAGCGACGGCGCCUACGCACAGCGCUCCCCGCGCGUCGCCGUUUGGGCCUUUUUCGUCUCCGCCUUUGCUGGCCUUUCCGCACCCGCCGCCGCAGGUUCCCAUUUACGAGCCAGGCGGCUUCUUUUGGGACCGAGACGCGACCGCCUUCUCCUCCGAGGCGCACCGAAACUCGCUCGCCGCCGCGCGGAUCGCCCAACGAGCUGCUGGCAUCCAGCCACGCUCCUCCUUCAACUCCUGUUCUUCCUCUUCUGCGUCCCCUUCUUCUUCCGCUUCGUCAGCGGCGAGCGCCGCGACGGCGGCGCUGGAGCGCGACGCCCAGGCGCGUGGCGGCGCAGAGGCGGAGGCCGGGGGCCCGCAGAGACGGGCGGCGACCUUCGACGCGGCAGCGGCGCGCGACAUGCUCCAGAGCCUCAAGGCGAUGGGUGAAGAAAAGCUGGAGCGCUCCGAGUUUGGGCAUUUCAUUCGGCAGCUGGCGGCGGGCGAACUUUCAAUCGAAGACGGCCAGCUGGUCGACGCGACAGGGAAGCCGGUGGACUGGGAUGCGCAUCUGCGGGCGACGAGGGCCGCGGAGAGACCCAACGCGCAGGCGGACGCGCCCACGAAGGAGGACACGGGAGGCAAAGACGACGGCAGUGCAGAGGAGUGCGCCUCCUUCGAACAGAGCAUGCGCGAACUUGAGCAGGCCUGGACACAGGCUCGAGACAACGGAGAGAUAGACGAAGAGGAGCUUUCUCUUUUCCGCUCGAUCUUCAACACUGCUGAACUGAGCAAGGCGUUUGCGACGUCCGCCGAUGACGAGGCGUCUCUGAUGGAGGGGCUGUGCCCGCACGUCGAUCGGGGCGAAGCCGCGGGAGAUCUCGGCCUGAGGGAGGCAGAGGGCGGCGCGACACCUGCGUUUUCGAAAGACAAUCCGUAUCUCUCUGAACCGGACCCGCUCGCCCGCGCGCUGCGGCUGCUCGAGGAGGGAAAGCUGCAAGAGGCCGUGAAGGCGCUCGAGGCGGAGGUGCAGCAGAACCCAAACAGCUCGGAGGGCUGGCGGCUUCUCGGCGAGGCCCUCGCAGACAGCGAACAGGACGCGGACGCGAUACUCUGCCUCAAGAAAGGCCACGAAGUCGACCCGUACAACCUCGACAGCUUGCUGGCGCUCGGCGUGUCGCUGACGAACGAACUCGACGCGCCGCAGGCGCUCCGCAACCUGCGCGACUGGCUGGCGAACCACGACGAGCUCAGCGCCCUCCCUGGCCUCAAGCGCCCGGUUCCAGAGGACUUUGAAGAGUUGAAGAAGCACGUGAUUUCGCUUUUCCGCGACGCGGCCGCGUGGAAGGGCGGCAUCGAGGGCGAUGUGCACUUAGCGCUGGGCGUCAUUUUUAACAUUGAUCAAAAUUUCAACAAAGCGCUUUUCCACUUCACGGAAGCUCUCAAAUUUGCUUCUGGAAGGCGCGCGGCGAGUCUGUGGAAUAAGAUCGGCGCGACGCUCGCGAACUCGGGGCGCUCGGCUGCGGCGCUGCUCGCCUACGGCCAGACGCUCGCGAUGCGUCCCAAUUACCCGCGGGCGUGGACGAAUCUCGGCGUCGCGCACUCGAAUCUUGGCGACACCGAGCGGGCGCUUCAGUACUACCUCACUGCAUUAUCUCUCAACCCCUUGGCGUCGCACCUCUGGUACUACGUCCGCAGCGCGGUGAUUUCUCUCGGAAAAUUCGACUGGCUCGGACUCGCGGAAAACCGCGACUUGGAAGGUUUGAGAGCGCUCAUGCUGGCAGGGACGGUACCAACGCGAGAGGCGCUUCUCGAGAAGGGCGCGGCACGCGCUCCCCAGGAGGACGCGGAGAUUCUUCAGCAGAUUUUUCAGGCCAUUAGGCAGGCCGCGUGA